CCAGGCGUGUGAUAUAGCAGUUCCAGUGACCUUAUUUUAUCCCCAAUUCUUUACUCUCUCUGCCUUCUUGUCUUUUCUUUUCCCAUCUCAGUUUUCCUGGAAGGAGACACACAAUUAAUUUCAACUUUGAGGAAAUUUCGAGUUGAAGCUCUUUCAGAAGCUCCAAUUUGGCUUGCGACUGAGGAAAUUUUGAGAGAAGUUUCGAUCUUUCAAGUCUGUAAAAACUUGUCCUUUGAGGUAAGAGAUAAGGGCUCCAUUUCUCGAUUUUGAAACUGCUGGAGUUUGAAUUGAGCUUAAGAAUUAGGAAAUUUUUGGAAAACGGAUGGUGGGUUAGUUUUUGUUUUACUUUUCAUGAGUUUGGAAUGAUAAAUUUGGUGACUUUGUUAGGGUUUACUUACCAGUCUAUUGACCUAAGGGUAUUGAAUUCUCUGACAACGAUUUUCACCAUAAAAAUAGGUUUCUUUUUAGAGAGAUAUUCAUCGGGGUUUUGAUGUUUUCGUGAUUUUCUAAAACAAAAUGCUGAUUUGGAGCUAGUUUCAGUUUUUCUUUUUUCAAAAGAAAUUUUUUGUGGAUGAUGGUGAUGAUAACAGAGGUUCAUGAGCUUGGAUGAUUUGGGGUUUUAGUUAUAUGAAGAAGGAGAAGUUGUUGAUUGGAAUAAGAAGCUAGCUGAAAAAUGAUAAUGGUAUGGAUUUUUUUGGAGUUUAGCCCUAUUGAAACUGAGAAAUUGGUGGUUUGGAACUAGCAAGUAGGGUCUUACUGGUGUAUCUUAUUUGUGGUGGUUUUGUUGUUGUUAAUCUUGAGUUCGUGUUGAAAUGGAUGACACCGAAGAUGAUGCAAGGUAUCCUCCAAACCCAUAUGGUGUGAAUCACCAGCAGGGUUAUGGUUCUUCUCAAAGGCAGAAGCUUCCUGUUCGUAGUGGUCCAUAUUCUAGGCCAGUUGGUAGUCACUAUGUUGAUGAUGAAGAGGACGAUGAGGAUGAAGAGGAUGAAGAGUUGGGUGAGGAAGAAGAAGACAACAAUGGUCAAAAUGGUUAUCCGUCUGUUCACAAAGAUGUUGAUGAUGAUGAUGAUGACGAAGAUGAUGUUGAUGAUGAGGAGGAUGAGGAGGAUGAAGAUGAUAAUAAGAGCAAAGUUUAUAAUAGAAUGAUUGAUGAUGCUGAUUUAAAAAAGCACCCAAAGAAGCGGAAGUUGAAGAAUUUGAUCUCAAGUUAUGAAUUUGCUCCUCGUCAACCAGUUCCUCCAGCUGCUGCACCCUCUGCUCCAAGACAGUCAAUUGGUGGCCGGAAUUCGCUUACUGAUUGGACUGAGCAUGAGACAUUUGUGUUACUAGAUGCUUGGGGUGAUCGGUUUCUUCAACGUGGGAAAAAGAGUCUUCGCUCUGAGGAGUGGCAAGAGGUAGCGGAGAAGGUUUCAGAGGUGUCAAAGAUUGAAAGGACAGACACACAAUGUCGCAAUCGGUUGGAUACCUUGAAGAAGAAGUACAAAAAGGAGAGGCUCAAGUUUGCAGAGACUGGUGGUGCUAGCAGCAAGUGGGUUUAUUUCAAGAAGAUGGAUAUGUUAAUGUCAUCGCCACAACAGCAAUCUGGCCUCUCUUGUGGUUUGGACUCAGGGGAGUAUGUUUUCAUGAACCCUAGAGUGUAUUUGAACCGUGCAAAUGGGUUGGAUGAGAUGAGGGAUAGUCCAGGAAAUUCAGAAUCUGCUGAGGGAGCGGAUGAUGAUUCAGAUGGGCUACCACCCAAGAAGAGAAGGUACGGAAGGGACAAUGAUGAUCGGUGUUCCUUUAGAUUGCUUGCUGAUUCUAUUCAGAAAUUCAGUGACAUAUAUGAGAAGAUUGAAACUAGUAAAAGGCAGCAGAUGGUAGAGCUAGAGAAGAUGAGGAUGGAUUUCCACAGGGACUUGGAAAUGCAGAAAAGGCAGAUUAUGGAGAGAGCGCAGGCUGAGAUUGCGAAAAUACAGCAGGGUGAUGACGAGGAGAAUGAUAUCUCUGCUGAAAAUGCUAGUGGGUGAUACACGAGUAUCUAUCUAUAAUGUCAACUAGUUAUGUUAACUGCUAGCUGUUGUUGUAACAAUUGGGGGCCUUUAUCCCUUUUAAUCUCUUUUAUGGAAAUAAGUUGUUGAUGUUGUAGCAGAUAUGGUAGUAGAAAUAUGAAAAUUCGAAUUACUAUUGUAUUGCCUAGUUCUGUUCCCUUUUGUCCCAUGUUGAUGGUCUGAUAUCUAUCCACUUGUUUGCUGGUGGUCUGUUUUCUA